AAACGUUGACCCAUUUAAGGGAACGCGACAGUUCAGUCGCGUUGAAAAUUUGGCUAGAAGCCCACAUCGCGGGAGUUUUUGUCCUUUCCCAUCACUUUAGAGAUUACAGGAAGAGAUCCUGUGGGCCGCAACCGUCCCGGGGUUACUAAGCUGCACUUAGGGGUUCGAUGUAUUCAGAAAGAGGAGCGUUUUGAUCGUUUGCUUCAGCCUCCAGUCUAUCCCUUAUGAGGUCACAUUUGUAUUUCUUAUAUGGGAAGAUUUUACCAGGACCUUAAAGACAGAGAUGUCACAUUUUCACCAGCCACUAUUGAAGAAGAACUUAUAAAGUUCUGCCGUGAAGCAAGAGGCAAAGAGAAUCGAUUGUGCUACUACAUUGGAGCCACAGAUGAUGCCGCCACCAAGAUCAUCAAUGAGGUAUCGAAGCCCCUGGCCCACCAUAUCCCUGUGGAGAAGAUCUGCGAGAAGCUGAAGAAGAAAGACAGCCAGAUCUGCGAGCUAAAAUAUGACAAGCAGAUUGACCUGAGUACAGUGGACCUGAAGAAGCUCCGGGUGAAAGAACUGAAGAAGAUCCUGGACGACUGGGGGGAGAUGUGCAAAGGCUGUGCAGAAAAGUCUGACUAUAUCCGGAAGAUAAAUGAACUGAUGCCUAAAUACGCCCCCAAGGCAGCCAGCGCACGAACUGAUCUGUAGUCUGCACCUGAGGGGAAAAAGCAGUUCAUCUGUCUCUUCCCCAAACAACCAUUUUGUAAUUUAUUUUUUAAGCGGGCUCCUGACAAUGAGAUGUGAAGCCUGGAGCUUUCCUAAUGAUGAUGUUGGCUCUGCGGUGCCCCUCACCCCCAUCCCCAAGUGGAGAGGAAUUUACUUCCUUCUUUUGCUGGUUUACUCUAGGACUUCAAAGUUUGUCUGGGAUUUUUUUAUUAAAGAAAAAAAAAUUGUCUUUGGAGA